CUCUGUUGUUCACACGUCUGAAAAAAGUAUCAUCAAUUCCGAGGGGGCUGGGUGGGGAUAGCCGACGCGGUUGGAUGCCACUGGGCCUGAGAAUAAUCGCGGAAAUGCGUGGAAAACGUAAAAAGAAGUUGAAUCGUCAAGAAUUGUUGUCGGAGACCCACGGGGAACUUCUCACGUAGUUGUCGAGGCCAGCAGCAAGUCGGGUGGCAUCGGCUCGCAUCGGCAGAGGCCACUUUCCACUCGCUGUGAUACCUGUUAACCCACUUGAAUCAGUCUUUGAGCUACUUUGGCCAAAGGAUCAUCGAUUCUCGGUUUUUCCAGUUCUUUCCCCCGAAAUCCCUCAGUCUCCCGAGCGAUUAAAAAAAUUCUCGAGCCCCGAUUCGGUGAUUAUCGCGCGAUCCUCCGCGAUGACGGCGCCGAGAAGAGAAAAAAAAUCACAUCCGGAUGCGAAGAGAAACAACAGAGUUAUCUGACUCGUUUCUUUGUGGCAUUGACUCAAUCACGUGGUCCCGCGGUGAAUUGAAUUAUCAGAGUGAUUGUCUAAAAUGUGAAUUUAGAAAGUUCAAGUUGGAACUGAUUUCGUCCGAGGAAAUUCAUCGAUAAUGAAAGGGUGGUUCGAUGCCUUUAGAAACGAUGGGGGUCCCACGCUGUACAGUUACAGCAAUCGGACACCUGUCACUGGAGACAUUCAUUUAAUAACAAUUUUCAUUGUCUUUUGCACGAUAUUCGCUGCCUUUCUCAUUAUAUUUCCGGGGAUACGCAAAGAGAGAGUAGCGACAUUUUUUACGGUGACCCUGAGCCUCUUCGUGGGGGCCAGCAUCCAAGUUGCCCAAUACGGCUCGACUUGGCACACGACCUCGUCCCAAAUAGUCAGCAGUUACAGUGUCUUCUCCAGGCACAGGACGCACGCAGAAAUCGCUGGCUACAUCGGCCUGAUGCACAUUAACAUCACUUACAAACUGUUAGGAAAUAGCGAGGCGAGUCAGGAUGGAGGUGAUAUCGAGUUCAACGAGCGGUUCUGGUGGAGGAGCCCCACGGAGAUGAGUGAUGCCUUCAAGCAGUCUCUGCAGAGGGGAACGCCUUUUCCCAUUAUCUCGCUGGCUGAGUAUUUCAGCCUGCAUCAGGAGGGAUUCUCGUGGGGGACGAGGUAUCGAGAGGCUGGCCACUGGGCCUCCAUAAUGCUCUGGACCAGUUUCGCUGCUUGGAUGAUAACGAAUCUGCUCCUGGUAGUGGUCCCCAGAUACGGCGCCUACGGUAUGAUAUUCACGGGUACUUUAAUGCUCCUAACGAGCCUCACCUACUGGUCCCUAUUACCCUGCGAGCCACUCGUAGCCCACGUCGACGGAUCGAUCCUGAUUUUUAAUUUCGGAUGGAACUACUGGCUCCUCCUCGCAGCAGGUGUGGGGUGCGUUCUCGGUGGGACUGUGAUAGCUGUAAUCGACCUGAUAUUCCCCCAUCAAUUCUCAACUAUCCUCGAAGUUGAUUACGAUACGCCGUACGACAGACACGUAAUAAUUGAAGAGAGUUUCGACACGAGAAAUGUUGGAAAUAAAUUACCCAAGAUCGCUGAUGACGACCUUGACGGGAGGAUCAUCGUGAGUAAAUUAUCGAAGAUGGAGAGUGAUCAGUCGAGCAGUCGGGGGAUUGUAAACCGAGGGUACGAUCCUCCAGACUAUCAUCGCAAUGCGAAUGACGUAUCAACGAUGAAGAAUCAUUGGGCCUAUCCUUUUCCGCCAGUCUCUCGCAGGGCCAACGACUGAUAUGUAGAUACGUCUAUUAAAUUAAAUAAAUUCAUUCCAUACCAAAUAUCAUUAAAAAAUCUAUUGAAAAAAAGUUUAUUUAAAAUAUAAUCGGAAAAAUGUUUCCCUCAUUUUUUUUUGUAUGAAUGCCGUGUGAUUUACACGUUGUGGGGGUUGAAUAUCAAGGGGAUUGAAUGAAUGAAUCCAUUUUAUACCAAAUAUCGUGAAAAAUCUAUUCAAAAAUUUUUUAUUUAAAAUAUGUUUGGAAAUGUUUGUUUCCCCUCAUUUUCUUUUUUUUUUUUUUUAUGAAUGUGAUGUGAUUCACACGUUGUGGAGGUUUAUUACGGGGAUUGAGUGACGGGACAGGAUUUUAGGGUGGGAUUAGGUUUUUUGGCGCCACACACCCAAAUGAUGUUAAAAGACACCCAAAUUUAGUAUUUUCUCGGGGCGUCAAAAAGGCACGUACCGUU